UUUCUGUACCGCUAUGACAGAGUUUACUUGAAUCUGUAAAAAAGUAAACACAUCGAAGUGAUAUAAUUCAUUUCACUUGCAGGACUGUUUCUCCAUUGGAUCUAUAUGUUUGGCCAUUGUGUUUAUCACAAUACACGGGGCAACGCAGCCUUGUUUAAAAAAUGUGCCGACAAUGCAGCAUGCACAGCAGCCGGAGGCGAUCCUAAUGCCGUUUGUUCAAUGGACACAAAUGCAGGAGGAGAUGUUGACAAAAAUUGUAUCUGUACAGGGGCAUUUAAAAACAAUGGAAAUGAUGAUGGGUGUGACGCAAAAGGACUAUCUGAUACAUGCGACGCAGAUUCUGGCUGUGCAGGUGUGACAAACGCCGAAUGUACAGCUGGUCAGUGUUCUUGCGCUGCGGGAUAUAAAGGAGACGGGACAAGCUGUGUUAAAGUUUUAGAUGUUGCAUGCAACGAUGAUGCGGACUGCAGUGCACAAGUACCGAAUUCCGAAUGUUCAAGUUCAACAUGUUCCUGUAUAACCAAUUACAAAGAAGAAAAUAAUAUCUGUGUAAAAGGUUGCACAGUAGCGAAUGAAUGCACUGGAACUGAUGCCAAUUCUGACUGCACAGCAACUUCGUGUUCUUGUAUCGCAGGCUAUAAAUUAAAAAGCAGCAGUUGUACAAAGGGUAAGUAAAGUAUUUAUUUCUUUUGUUGAAUAGGUUCUUUAAAUUUUAGUUAUGUCUACACUAAGUAGAAACGUUUAACAAAUGAAAGAACAAAAAGAAAAACAACAACAACAAGAAAACAUUAACACAAAAGGACAUAUUAUUUAUCGAUGUAAAACUAGCAACUUGAAUGUAUCAACCUGAACAGAAAUAUUGUUGUUAAUGGCUUGCCUUUAAAGAGUGACACAUUUUCUUGUGAAAGACAAAAGGCCAAUUUAGAGAAUUUUGAUUAUAUAAUGCUACCUAGAAUGCAAGCAGAUAUGUGAAUUGCUUACUUGUUAUGCAGUUCAGCAGUUUUUAACCAACCUGAAAGAAAAGGUCACAAUAGUCUAUCUAGCCCGCCCGCUUAGCUCAGUAGGGAGAGCGUGGGUCUACGGAUCGAGGAGUCGCGAGUUCGAUUCCCGGGCUGGGCGUAUGUUCUCCGUGACGAUUUGAUAAAAGACGUUCUGUCUGAAAUCAUUCGUCCUCCACCCCUGAUAAUUCAUGUGGAGAAGUUGGCAGUUACUUGCGGAGAACAGGUCUCUACUGGUACAGAAUCCAGGAACACUGGUUAGGUUAACUGCCCGCCCACUACAUGACUGAAAUACUGUUGAAAAACGGCGUUAAACCCAAUACAAAAAAAAUGCAAUAAUCUAUCUUUUUUCAUUGUUGAAUACAUGUAUAUUCAGUAUGGAAAAGAGUGAAAAUAAUUUUUGUCUUAAGGUAUUGACCCGUAACAGAGUACCUCCUUUUUGAAGAGUAUUUAAUUUCUACCAUAAACCUACUUUGACUGCAAUUUUCAGGGGGGCGUAGGUUCAAGCCCCACUGGGACCAAACUUUUCUUCCAUAUUUUCCAUAUUUCUAGUAAGUUUUUACUUCUUUCAAGACUUAUUAUGGAUGUAUUGUACAAAAGUGGAAAAUUUUCAUUUUCUAAGCGAUUUCUUGCUGUUAAAAGUAAAUUUACCUCUGAAUCAGGAGGGGUAGAGUUAGACAUCUUUAAAAAUACUGAGUAACGUGCGAUAAAAGUUCUCUAUUUUGCCUUCAUUCUUUAGAUUACAUAUUGUGGAAGAAAUGCAGGUAGGUUUUACUUCUGCCGCAAGGUAAGUUUUGAAUGAAGUGAGCAAAAUUCAAAACAGACCCAAAGGAUUCGACCUAAAUUUUUCAAUGUUGGAGUUAGAAUUCUGUUCUUUUAUCAAAAUUAAUGCUGUAAUGAAUUCUCUGCAAACGUUUUUUGAAAUUUGUCUGUACGUGAGCUUGAGGAAAAACCAUAAAUUAUACAAAAUUUACAAAAAAAAACGGCACUUGUUUAAAAUUUGCAACACAGUGCGAAACAUGGUCAACUUUAAGAAUAUACCAAGCAAAUGCCAUUUUUUUAAACAUUACUAUUAGGGAUCCGAUACCUUAAUAUGCACAUUUGCAAUCCGUAGUUUUCUAUUCAGUGAAAACCCUUAGUAGCUGAGUGAGAUGCGUUUUCUAUGCGUUAUUAAUAUUUGUUUCAGCAGUGAAUAAUAAUUUUCUAUGUUCUCUUAUGCAUGAUUUUGUUUUUCAAAAUAAAUCAUUAUAAUAAAAAUAUACAGUCUUAUAUUUACAAUAGAUCUUUCCUAAAAACAAUUACUUCUAAAAAUUGCAGCCAUGUACAAGUUAAUAUCCACAAAGUUUGAGUGGUUCUCUCUAUCGUUACAGUUUUAACAGGCUCGUGUACAAUUGAUCUUGAUUGCUCAAAAACAGUUGCACAUAGCACUUGUUCUUCUUCAAAAUGUGCAUGUACAGGAGGUUUCAAAGAAAACAACAAUGAAUGUUUAAAAGUUCUAACACAAUCAUGUUCGACAAACGCUGAUUGUACAGGGGCAGUUCAAAAUUCAGAAUGUUCCUCAAAAACAUGUUCCUGUGUGGCAGGUUACAAGGCAAAAAACAAUCUUUGCGCCAAAAUUCUAACAGCAUCAUGUUCGACAAACACUGAUUGCACAGGGACAGUUCCAAAUUCAGAAUGUUCCUCAAAAACAUGUUCCUGUGUGGCAGGUUACAAGAAAGAAAAUAAUCUUUGCGCCAAAAGUAAGAGACCGGACCUAAUUCUUCAAUUGUGUUAUUAUCAACGAGAAACGGAGGCUUUGUUUGAGCAAAUCAGUCAAUCUGAAACACUUUUUUAAUAUGUAAAUAGAUGUUUUAAGAAAUUGCCGUCUUGCCGUUGUUUAUUUAUGUAACAUGUAAGAUUGAAGAUAAAGCAUUUUCGGCUACUCCAAAUUUGUUAUUUUAUUUUGUUGUAAAACAGUAAUAGAACAGAAAUAUGAUAGCUUUGCUUUACAACAUCUAGAUCAUUAAGCGUACAAUACACCUAUACUUAAUUCAUUUUUAAAAGUUAUUAAUUUUCGUGUGUAGUGUCAGUGCUAGAGACUCCCUGUUCCAGUGGAGGCACGGACUGCACAGCUGACAACUCAGAAUGUGAUGAUGCUAAUCCAUCACCAAGAUGUAAAUGUUCAAACGGUUAUAAACUGAGUACUGCUGACAACACUGUUUGUAAAGCAGAUAAAUAGAACGUGCUUUUACAUCCUCAUUGUUGAACUCUGAUAGUUUACAAUGAGACGUCAGUCGUAAAUAUUUCUACGUUUUAUAUCGUUUGUAUGACGUCAUUCGUGAUGUCACUUUCGAAUCUGCUGUCUCGUUAUAAAGUUUAUA